AUGGGUGUUCCCUCAUUUUUUAGAUGGCUAUCUCGAAAAUAUCCGAAGAUUAUCUCCCCGGUAUUAGAGGAACAACCACAGGUAGUCGAUGGUGUCAUAUUACCGUUGGAUUAUUCUGCCCCUAACCCAAAUGGCGAGUUAGACAACCUUUAUCUGGAUAUGAACGGUAUUGUUCAUCCAUGUUCGCACCCAGAAAACAAGCCCCCUCCAGAGACUGAAGAUGAAAUGCUUUUGGCAGUUUUCGAAUACACCAAUCGUGUGCUGAAUAUGGCAAGACCUCGUAAGGUACUUGUUAUGGCUGUUGAUGGUGUUGCUCCCCGUGCCAAGAUGAAUCAACAGAGAGCGCGUAGAUUUAGAAGUGCCAGGGACGCUCAAGUUGAAAACGAAGCAAGGGAGGAGGUUAUGAGACAACGAGAGGAGGUUGGUGAAAUAAUCGACGACGCUGUUAGAAACAAGAAAACUUGGGACUCAAAUGCAAUUACGCCUGGUACUCCAUUUAUGGACAAACUGGCUGCGGCCCUACGCUACUGGACAGCAUUUAAACUGGCUACUGAUCCUGGUUGGAAGAAUCUGCAGGUGAUAAUUAGUGAUGCCACUGUGCCUGGUGAAGGUGAACAUAAAAUCAUGAAUUUCAUCAGGUCUCAAAGAGCCGAUCCUGAAUACAAUCCUAACACUACGCAUUGUAUCUAUGGUUUGGAUGCAGAUUUAAUCUUUUUAGGCCUGGCUACCCACGAACCCCAUUUUAAGAUUUUGAGAGAAGAUGUCUUUGCACAAGAUAAUCGGAAAAGAAACAAUUUCAAAGACACGAUAAAUAUGACAGAAGAAGAAAAGAAUUUCCUUCAAAAGCAGAAUUCCGAACAACCCUUUUUGUGGUUACACAUCAAUGUUUUGAGAGAGUAUUUAUCUGCUGAAUUAUGGGUGCAAGGUCUUCCCUUUACAUUUGACAUCGAAAGGGCUAUUGACGAUUGGGUUUUCAUGUGCUUUUUCUGUGGUAAUGAUUUUCUACCACAUCUGCCUUGUUUAGAUGUCAGAGAGAAUAGUAUUGAUAUUCUGUUAGAUAUUUGGAAGGUAGUGCUACCGAGAUUAAAAACAUAUAUGACAUGUGAUGGUGUUUUGAAUUUGCCAUCUGUUGAAACACUAUUGCAACAUCUUGGAUCWCGUGAAGGUGACAUCUUCAAGACCAGACACAUUCAAGAAGCUAGAAAGAAAGAAGCUUUUGAGAGAAGAAAAGCGCAGAAAAAUAUGUCAAAAGGCCAAGACAGACACCCUAUCGUAGCUACUGAACAAUUACAAAUGUAUGACACACGAGGUAAUUUAGCAAAAGGUUCGUGGAAUUUGACUACAAGUGAUAUGGUGAGAUUGAGAAGGGAGCUGAUGCUUGCAAAUGAAGGAGACGAAAAAGCAAUUGCUAUAGUUAAAGAACAAAGUGACAAAAAUAAUGACUUAAUGAAGGACAUUAGUAAGGAAGAAAUCGAUAAUGCUGUUAAUAAAGCCAAUAAAUCCAAUUUUAAUCUUGCCGAAGUUAUGAAGCAAAAGCUAAUAAACAAGAAGCAUAAUCUUGAGAAGGAUAACGAAGAGGAAGAAGACUCUGCUAAGAGUAGUAAAAAAAUAAAGCCAGAAAAGACUGAGUCUGAAAGUGAUCUUGAUACAGAGAUCAAGGCUGAAAUUGAAGCCGAUGUAAACGAUAGAGAUGACACCGAGAGUACGGAAGUGUCAAGGUAUUCACCUGCUCGGGAUACUCUCAUUUCCAGUGAAGCUCCUCAAAAUGGUGUCUUUGAUACGGACGAGUAUGUUCGGUUGUUUGAGCCUGGCUAUCAUGAGAGAUAUUACACAGCAAAAUUUCGUGUUGCUCCUCAAGAUAUCGACGAACUAAGAAAAGACAUGGUAAAAUGCUAUAUUGAAGGUGUAGCUUGGGUACUAAUGUAUUACUAUCAAGGCUGCGCUUCUUGGAAUUGGUUCUAUCCCUACCAUUAUGCUCCCCUGGCAACUGACUUUCAUGGAUUUUCCCACUUGGAAAUAAAAUUUGAGGAAGGUACACCAUUUUUACCCUUUGAACAAUUAAUGAGUGUCUUGCCGGCCGCAUCUGGUCACACCCUACCAAACAUUUUCCGGUCUUUGAUGUCCGAACCUGAUUCUGAGAUUAUCGAUUUUUAUCCGGAGGAAUUUCCUAUAGAUAUGAAUGGUAAGAAGAUGUCAUGGCAAGGGAUAGCGCUACUACCAUUUAUCGAUCAAGAUAGACUACUAACAGCUGUUCGUGCACAAUAUCCUUCACUUUCUGAUGCUGAAAGAGCAAGAAAUGUUCGUGGCAGGCCUGUCUUGUUGAUAAGUGACAAGAAUGCGAACUACGAGAGAUUUUCCAAGAAGUUAUACUCAAAAGAUAGUAAUGCCACUAUUGAGGUAAAAUUCCAACAUUUCAAGAGUGGGUUGAGUGGUAUUGUAUCAAAGGACGUGGAAGGAUUUGAAUUAAACGGGAAGAUGAUCUGUCCAAUUCAAGGAGGGUCAUUACCAGAUUUGUCUACUAGUUUGAUAUUGAAAAUGUCAUACCGAUUAAUUCCAUUGCCGUCAAAGAACAAAUCUAUCAUACUGAACGGGUUCAUUCCAUCAGAACAGGUACUAACGACAUAUGAUCUUGAUUCCGUAAUGUACAAGUAUAGUAACCAAAACAACUCUCGUCGCUGGAACUUUGGAAACGAUCUGAAGCAAAAUAUUGUCCCAGUUGGGCCCAAAGGUAUUACUCAAUACAAACCAAGGACUGGCGGUUAUCGCGCCUUCUUUUAUUAUGCUGAGCAGAAUAGGAACAGUACUCAACCCGUCAACAACUAUAAUAAGAACAGUUACAAUGCCCAAGCUGGUUUCAAUAAUAGUAGAUACAACGGUGGUGGUAACAACAACAACAACAACAACAACAACAACAACAACAACAAUAAUAAUUACAGCAGUAAUUACAGACAAAAUUCUAGGAACAAUAACUAUUCUGGAAAUAGAAACGGUGGACAGUACGGCGGCAACGGUUACUCCCGGAAUAAUAACCAAAGUCGGUACGACAAUUCCAGGCGCUAG